AUGAAUGACACAAGCAACUUGUUCUCCCCACCUUGUAUUUCGAAGAAGGAGCUUUACUUAUUGCAGGAAGAGAGGUGUCUUGGAGAAGACCCCUUGGUCAACUGGAAAGAGCAUGAGCUUGAUUACUCAGAAGUACUACCACCUCUCUCAGAGAGCAUCCCUGCUAUCACAGAUGGGGAGUUAGAUAACAGUGUUGAGCUUAGAUAUGAAACUUCACCAGUGCAUCUAAGAUUUUCAGACAAAAAGAAUACCCAGCCACUAGCUCAGUUAGACCAGAAUGUGAUACAAAUCAGGAAGUUCCAAAUCCUAACUGAAGAAGCUUCUCCAGCUUGUUUGAAGAAUUAUCAGGAAUCGGGAAAAGAUUUCACCUGCUCAAAAGACAAUGACUUCCACCUAGAAGAACAUUCAGUCAGAUCUGAUAUAGUCAGAAAAAGCAUCAUUAGAGGGCUUAAGAGAUAUUUCUGUAAGCUCUUUUGCAAUGGAAAUGGUAUCAUCAGCAAUAUGAAGAGGGCUGAACGCUCCCAAAGUUUUGCAAAAAUAGAGAAAGUAUGUGUUUGAUUUAAAAUAUCUGUCACAAAAAGAAUAUGUCUAAACUCAGUAUAG